CGUUGCACCGUCAAUGAUCCAAGAUUUGAUCUGAUAAGGGGAAUUAGAUUUUCAUAUUCUAAAUGUUUCAGGGAAACAUUAUAGGCCAUUAUAAAAGUUUGUCAAGCAAAUAAUCUUCUUAGCAUUUACCAGAGGCGAUGGACAAAAGGGAUUGUGUUGAUCAAUGGAAACCAGUGGCUGCAAUGUUUGGCGUUUGUUUUGCUUUGGCUAUUGUUAACAUAUGUCUCAAGAAAGCUCUGAAUCAGGGAAUGAGCCAUUUGCUCAUCGUCACUUACAGGCAGUCCAUCUCCACCAUUUUCUUGACCCCCCUUGCCCAUUUCUGGGAAAGGAAAUGCUGGAACAAUCUCACAGGUGGCAUAUUAUGUGGUCUUUUUUUCGGUGGACUACUUGGGGCCACGCUUACUCAAUAUUUCUUCCUUGUCGGGCUUAAAAAUACAUCAGCAACAUACACUUGUGCUUUCAUUAAUAUGGCGCCAGUUUUUACAUUCAUCCUGGCCCUGCCACUUAGGCAGGAAAAAGUUAACUUGAAAAACACGAGUGGAAGAGCAAAGGUGUUGGGCACACUAAUUUGUGUUGGAGGAGCCUUAGUUCUAAUUCUGUACAAAGGAAUGCCAGUGAUUAACGCGCCUAUAUCAUCCCCUGUAAUGCUCCAGAAAGCCAAGCAUGACACAGCAAAAUGGGUUAUUGGUUCGAUAAUUCUUGCUUUGGGUGGCAUUCUAUGGGCUUCAUGGUUUCUAAUUCAAGCUAGGAUUGGAAAGUAUUACCCUUAUCAGUAUUCUAGCACAGCCAUGCUGUCUUUCUGCAGUGCUGUCCAAUCAGCCAUCUUAUGUGCUAUCAUCGAAAGACCGAAUUCUUGGACCCUCAAAGGACCAUUACAGAUUUCUAGUAUCAUUUACGCUGGAGUUGUAGGAUCAGGUCUGUGCUAUGUAUGCAUGUCAUGGUGCGUCAAACAACGGGGACCUGUUUUCACUGCAGCAUUUAGCCCUUUCAUACAAAUUUUUGCUGCUAUCUUCGAUGUCUCAUUACUUCAUGAACAGAUAAAUCUUGGAAGCAUUCUGGGAUCCAUUCUUGUUGUCGUUGGUAUGUAUGUACUCCUGUGGGGAAAAAGCAAGGAAGUAGACCUUGAGCUUGAUAACAGGAAUGUUCAAGAAAAAGUUGGAGAUACCAACCACGCCUUGUCAGUCACUACGCCGAUAGAUGCCGGAUCAACAACUUCUGCAUAACUAAAGUCUUAUAUUGAAGCUCCUCUGCAUCUUUCAAGAAUUACAGUAUAUUUCGGUAUUUUCCAUCAAAGGAGGAAAUCUACGUGGAUACAAAAGAUUUCUUGAUCAGAAACCAAGAUUCAAGGUUCAGAAAUCACAAGAAGAAAUAAAGAAACAAUAAUGAUUUUUUCACCAUCGUGUUUUUUUUUUUCUUUUUUUGGGCACGACUAUAGCCGCCAAGGAAUUAUCUGCAUUGUUGACCAUAGAUUGCCUUUGAUACUUUGCAUCUGUUGUAUGCAUGUAAUAGAUUGUCUAAAAAGAAUAUAGCUUUUGUGGGAUAGAAUUUUUUUUGGAGUUUUUGUAGAAAAAUGUAAUGUAAGAUUUGAUAUAUGUAAAAUAGAAAGGUGAUUGAGAAAUGUGUUCACAAAAAAUGUAAAAAUUUUCUUAGAAAAUAGCAAUUCAAACAAGGCCAAUUUCCAUAUUAUACUCUUGGAAGAUUGCAUAUCUCUAAUUUUCUGCACACUACUUUGAAAUGCAAAUUGUGGCUCCACAAAAGUUCUUGCAUUCAUUUUUAAUUUCUCUAGAAUUAAAUCAACCACGGAGAAUUUGCGGAUUUGGUGUCUAAAUCCCUUCUAAAACAAAGAAACAAUAUGGAUGGUUGUAUUACACUAUUUCCUUAAACAGCACCCAUGAAAUAGAAGAGAAAGAUAUGAAUAUUUAUCAGACCCCAGAUUUAAAUGAAUUUCAAAUGCAUCCACACAAUUUGGAUCAACCCUCAACUUGGCAUGCAAAGAUUAACUUUUUAAUUCCUCUUUUAUUAUUAAUUAAUUGAUGAUCAAUUUUUUUCAAAAAAAAAAAAAUCAAGAGCAGUCAUUUGAAUAAGGAAGUUAGCAGAAAAUGAAGAUCUUAGUGCAAUAUAUCACAAGUGUAUAUAAUUCGAUCAAAGAAUAUAUCCCACCAAAAUAGCUGCCCUCUAAGCAUGAUUUUAGUUGCUAUAUUAUAAUUGGUAAUUUGAAAAUGCUUUUUGAUAAGAAAAUUAUUAAACAGUUUAGCUAAUUGGUGCUCAAUAAGCAUUCAUUUAGAGGGUUCUCAGUUACUAGUUUUUAAGAAAAGUGUAAGGUGUAUUUGGACCAUGAUUUUAGGCCUUUUUUUAGCAGACAAAGUUUUGUUAAAAUUCUAUCUACAUUUAUUUGUUAAAACAGUCUAAGUUCUAUUUUUAAAAUUUUCAAAAUACCCAAAGACACAUAUGCCAUUUCUUUUUCCACCACCACUCUUCCUCAUCCUUUCUACUUCCAUUACUGCUGCUGUGCACACCUGCACCGCCCUUCCUCUUAUUUCCUAGUGCCUCUUCCACCUUCCCUUCCCUCCUCCUUUCCUCUUUUUCACUUUCUCCUUCCACCCCUUGCUUCCCUUUCCCUCUUUUCUCCCACGUCCUUCUUCUUUCCCCUCCCCUCCUCUCUUUCGCUCUCUUCUCCUCUACCCACCAUCCUCCUAUUCUCUCUUUCCUCUCUUCCCCUCUUCCCGCACUCAUAUUUCCUCUCUCCCAUGAUCUUGUCGCGACCAAAUCUAGUCACACAUGUGCAUUAUAUCUUAUAUGUGAAGAUAAAUUUUACAAAAUAUCACAUGUUUUUUCUUCCUUGAUUGCAAUACAACACAUAUUUCUAUUCCUUUUUCGCAAAGUUCAGAAUCUACCUACUUAAAGUAAUUAUAUGCAUGACGAUUCUAAGCAGAAAAAGAAUAUUACUACUUUAAUUUGUUUUAUUUAAAAGAUUAAAAAAUAAUUGUUCUAUAGUAAAAACAAAAACUUAUAAUUUGAACAUCCAAAAAAUGUUAUGGGGUCUUUCCUUAUAAAUCAUGUAGAAGGGCAUUUUCAUCACAAAUUUUAAAUGGUUACAAUGAGUGAUAUUUUUGUCAAUUCAAAUGUUUUAAUAGUCAACUUGAUGAGGUGGAUUGAAAUAAAGAUGAAAUGAGAAGAAAUAAAUGUUAAGGUAUAAACUACUAUUUAGACCAAACCUUAAAGGGACUUUUUGUGAUUAACCCUUCAAACUGUUUUUCUUCUAUUUUUUUUCUUUUGCUGUUUUCAUAGUUGCAGAUAAUUAGAUAACUAGUGUGAAAAUGUGGAAGAGAGACAAAAAUAGAUAUUUUUCUUUACUUUUGCAUUCUUUUUUUUUCCUUUUAUGUAAAGAAAGAUGAAUAAAUUUCUGAAUCAAACAACCAGCUUUUGAUUAAACCUCGGGGAAUUGUGGGAGCAGGUCUGUGCUAGGCCUGUCAACGGGUCGGGUCCAGACCGGAAUUAAUAAAUCCGGAUCCAGACCCGUUAUACUGCAUAAGUUUCGGAUUCGGCCCGAAUACCCGACGGGUCUCCUAUCUUUCUACCAGACCCGCACCCGACGGGUCCCGGAUCAGUGUCGGGCCUACCCGACAAAAGGCUCGUCAAAAACCUAUUCAUGCUACAACUUCAGCACUUGAAAAUGCAGUCUGAUUUUUAUCACAUUCUCCUCUUAUAUUCAAAAGCAUAGCUAACCCCUCAGGAGUGACCCCAUGAAGGUUCCAAUAUGCAAUCCAAUCAAUACUCUCACCAUUAUCGAAGGGACUAUCAGGUCAAGAAAGGACUAGAAAUUUGUACAUCAAAGGAGAAACAAAAAGGAACAAGGUGAUGAAUCGUUUUUCCUAACAUCACCACAGCUCAAGAGUUACCAACAAGAAAAAAAAUGCAACUCCCAAUUUUUGGUAGAAAAUUCCACUCCAACUACCAAUACCUAGACAAAAAUGGCGAAUCCAAGAGACCAAAGCGUUUGGGGUCACAAUCACUAGCAAUCAUAAAUAUUCGUGAAGAUUUUCAGGAAAUUUGUGAACAUUGACCGCGUAUAAAAUUACUUCUAAGAGAAGGAAAACUGGAGUCCUUCUAAAUCCGUGUUUACCACAGUCAUGUACACGCGCACAUUUCCUUAUUGGAGGAGGAGCUAGCAGCCUCGAACGUUACAAUAAAGAAAGACUAAGGAUUUUCUAAACAAUAAUGGAGCAUUCUUGGGAACAUCUUCUCCUGUAUCAAUCUCAGAAGAAACACUUUGGGAAACCCCCCAAAAAAUUUAAAAAAAAAACACAUUGAAGAAAGUAAAUAACAGGUUGUAGAGAGCCAUGAAAAAUGAUAACUUAAAUGGGGUCGUUCUUGGGCUAAAAAAAAAAAUGCGAUGGUUCCUCCUUAUAUAGCAGAGACAAACAUCUAUACACAUCUAGCAUUAUGUCUGGGUUUCCCAAUACGCAGGGACAUACAGCAUAUGAAUAUUUCCCCUUUUCAAUUUCCCUCUUAGCAAUUUGUCACUGACCUGUGAUUGUGAGAAAGAAAGCUGGGCUGCUAGAAGCCUGGAAGAGCUGGAAGAGUUAGGCUUCUUUGGAGCUGCAACCGUCAGGCAUCAGAGAUAGAGAGAGCUCGCCGGCGUCAGAUAUGGAGAGAGCAAAAGAGAAGAGAGUGAGACUGGAAGAGCUGGGCUUCUUUGGAGCUGGCCAGACUCGACGGUUUCUUUGGAGCUGGGCUUCUUUGGAGCUAGAGAUGGAGAGAGUCAGAGAGCUGAGAGCGUCGCCGGUUUCAGUGUUUCACGGCGGACUGGUCACUGGCAGAGGCGGGAGGCGGGAGGCGGGAGGCAGAGCAAAAGAGAGAAGAGAGUGAGGGGAAAAAGGGAUGUGCGGCGGUGGGUAUU